GAACUGUUUCAGUUGUUAUUUUGCACUCUUGCUAACCACUCCGAAAUAUUAGCAAAUUCAGCAAAAUCCAAAUCGACGCAAUUUGAAUAUUUUGUGUGUCUCAGUUAAGAUUGAUAGCCAACCAUAAAAAAUGAGAAUUAUUUUGUUCGGUAUUGUUGUUUUGCUGGUAAUCAGCUCGAUUUUCGCCGCUCCCGGCGUAACGCCAAACACAAAAGAUUGUAAAGAGUGUAAUUUGGACUAUGUGCCAGUUUGUGCUGGACCAAAAGGCACCCAGAACGAUCGUGAAAAGAAGUCAUUCGGUAGCGUUUGCGUCAUGGAAAAAUACAAUUGCGAAAAUGACGAAAAAUUGGUGAAAUUGAGCGACGGCGAGUGUCCAGGUAGCAAAUCGGUUCGCCUACAAUAACCAUAUUUAACCAGUCCAAUUACAAUGAGUUAAUCUCUUGUUUUUAUUACUAACAUUUGUUUUCAUAACUAACGAACGAUAAACGGACAAAAUAGAUCAGAAAUAAGAUUGAUUACACUAUCAAAUAAAAUGGAAUUAAUCACAUAAA